AGACCAUAAAGCUUCGAUACCCGACAGAAUUAACUUUUGUCGGGGACUGUAUUUCGAAAGCAUGAAUGUAAAUGGAAUCUGGAUAAUUGCCAUAACCAUGUGUUUAUCAGCAAGAUAGCUUUGAAAAUCAUCUGAUAAUAUAUUUCGACGUUCUGAACCAGUAAGAAUCAAUAUAUGACGGAUAAUGUCUAUACAGUGUUGAAAAUCACGCAGCAUAUCGUCGGUUUCAUAUAAAAUUCGGAGACGAUUGCCGUACGAAACUGGCCAUAAACAAGAAUAUCAGCUUUAGUCGCCGUCAGUUGCUCGGCGUCGUUUCUUGUUGAUAACAUUACAUCUUUUAGUUCGAACAUUGAAAGAUGAAUCUCACAGAUACUUCGAAAAUCGCAAUAUUUAAAUCUUCAAGAAUCGUUUUCCCUGAUGCUGUGUUGCCCGCUAUUUUAAUUGUACUUCGUGGAAAAAUCGAGCGUAUUUACCGCUACGAGGAUGAGGACGAAGCACACAGGAUUUUAAAGGAUUACACUGCUCCAGUUGAAGAUUUUGGUUCUUUAGUCUUGAUGCCCGGUGUGAUUGAUUCUCAUGUUCAUGUUAAUGAACCAGGGCGAACUACUUGGGAAGGCUUUGAAACUGCAACUCAUGCUGCUGCUGCCGGUGGUGUUACUACCAUUGUCGACAUGCCACUGAAUUCAAUUCCUCCAACAACAACCGUUGAAAAUUUAAAGGUGAAAGUGAAAAUAGCUACAGGAAAAACUUCUGUAGAUGUUGGAUUUUGGGGAGGCGUUGUACCUGGCAAUAAGGACGACCUCGAAGGAUUGGUGAACGCCGGAGUCGUUGGAUUCAAAUGCUUCAUGUGCCCAAGUGGAGUCGGCGAAUUUCCUUAUGUCCAUGAAGGCGAUAUUAAACUGGCGCUGGGAGAAUUAAAACGCCUGCAAUCUCUACUUGCUUUCCAUGCAGAAUACGAAAAAGAAGAAUUUUCUCAACCAGGUGAUCCGAGUUUGUAUUCAACCUUUUUGAAUUCAAGGCCGCCUUCAAUGGAAUAUAAUGCAAUAAAAAUAGCAACUAGUCUCUGCAAAUCUUUCCAUUCCAGGUGUCAUAUCGUGCACUUGUCAGCUUCCGAUUCUCUCGAGUUGGUCAGAGAAGCAAAAAAAAAUGGAGCUCCUCUAACAGUCGAAACUUGCAAUCAUUAUUUGAAUAUUGUUGCAGAAGAAAUUCCUCAAGGGGCAACAGAGUACAAAUGCACUCCACCGAUUCGAGGAAAAUCCAAUCAAGAUAAACUAUGGGGCGCAGUAAAAGAAGGAUUACUGGAUAUGGUAGUUUCUGAUCAUUCUCCAUGUCCCGAAAACAUAAAAACGCCUGGAAAUUUCAUGACUGCUUGGGGAGGAAUAGCUUCUUUGCAAUUUGAUUUGUCAUUACUCUGGACUGGAGCAAGACAAAGAAACUUUACUCUGAUGGAAGUAUCAAGAUUACUUUCAGCUAAUCCAGCUAAAGUUGUCGGACUUGAUAAAAUCAAAGGUACCAUCAAAGAAGGAAUUGAUGCCGAUUUCGUUGCUUGGAAUCCAGAAGAUACUUUUGUGGUUGAAAGAGCUCACAUUCAUCACAAAAACAAGCUUACUCCAUAUGAAGGAAAAAAAUUAUUUGGAGUAGUUGUCGCUACGAUCGUUCGGGGUCAAUAUGUUUACAAUAAAGGACAAUUUGCAGAUAAACCCAAAGGAAAGCUUUUAUUGAGAAAGGAAUUCCUGGAAAAUAUUGAAUAAUGUACUAUUCUAAUAGAUAAUGUUCAUUAUUAAAAGUGAAAAGCUGAUGUUUAAUUAAGUGAAGAGUAAGAACUAAAAUAUAAAUCUGAUUUUCCAACAUUUUGUGCUUAAUUAAAAUUUAUA